GUCGAUUUCUGUCUGGUUCUGGAUAUGUUGGGUGGUUUAAAGGUUAUGUUUUUCUCUGUAUAGGAUCUCAUUUUCUUUUGAUUCUUUUGCUAUGGCAGAUACAGAGUUGACCAAUGCCUUAAAGGAUCUAAAUCUAAAAAUUCAAACAGCCAGCUUGAAAGAGAGGAAAAAGGUUAUGCAGAAUGUUGUAAAUGUUUUAUCUAAUCCAGCCAUAACUGAUGGAAUUGUACGAGGUAUAUGUAGGGUAGUUCCGAUAACACUUCACCGUUAUAGAGAUAGUGCUUCGCAAUCAGAAACGCGGCAAUUUAUACGAGCAUUAAUACAGAAACACUCCGCUGUAUCAGUAAAUUGUUUUAUACAACUAUUUUCUGAUUUAGCAGGACAAUUUAAAGGAUUAACCGUCACUAAUAAUGUUAGUCAGAGCGCAUUAUACGCAUUAGAAUGGACCAUUAUUUUAUUACAAUAUGGAUGGAACACUCAAAUGGAGGCAAUAACAGAAAACUUUUCCCACCUUUUGAGCUCCCAGGCUGUGUUUUUAACUACCAUUGUUGCUUGUGGUCAGAAAAAAAAAUACGAGAAGGCAUAUAGACUGCUCAACAACGUUUGGUCGUCUAUUCCAAACCUAGAUCAACAAUAUUUAAGUACACUGAAGUUAAUGGAACAAUCACAAUAUGUUGUCAUAUUGGAAUCUGCCUUAGUAAGAAGAUUCUCCUCAAAGGAUAAAUUAGUAUUAAACAGCUGUUUGGACCUCUUCGUAGACGCUUUUAUUAAGAAUUUUAUAAGCUGCAAAAUGCCACAACCUAGAACAAUAACCGAGGGGUGCUAUUCCCUAUUAGGCCAAAUAAAUUUAGAGAUAUUUAAAAAAACAGUAACUCCAGCACUUCAAAAAGCAAUGUUGCGCAAUCCAGAAGUAAUUUUGGAAACCGUAGGAAUUAUUAUUGGCGGGUUAGAUAUAGAUUUAAGUUCGUGCGCCACGGAUUUGGGUGUUAGUUUGAUAAACAACUUACAUUCAAAAGAUGAUAAAGCGCGAACUGAUUCUGCUGAAAGCUUAAAGUUUUUGGCGGGAAAAAUUAACGAUCCAAAAGCAAUUGAAGAAUUGCAAAAGAAAAUAUUUGCCGUUUUUCAUGGAUCUGAUGGAAAGCUAACUGUUGCAGAACAUAAAAUUGGAGUUUUACAGGGCGCAGGUAAUUUAAGCUACAACAAGAUACCUUCGGAUAAAAGCACUGAUUUAAUCUCUAAAGUAUGCGCUCAUUUCAUAAAAGUGCUCGAAAGUGAAGUUCACGAAAAAACCUUAAUUUUUGCACUGGAAAUGUUAUCAUUAUGGACAUCGAAAAUUUCGGACGAGGUGCCGAAUAUUUUGCUAGACUUUUUUAAGACCGGAAUUGCUCAAAAAUCAUCCACUACCACUUUAGUGAAAGUCGCAUUAAUUCAGUGCAUGAUUAGUACAUUUAACAAUUCGAAAAAAUUAACUAAGGCCUCACCUCUAACAGCAAGUCUAUUAAAAUCUGUCGAAAAAGCAGUAGCGCAGCCCAUGCAAUUUUUAAUCGUAACUGAAGGUUUGUGUGCCGCGGUUUUGUUAUUCAAGCUGGCGGAACUUGAGAAAAGUGAAAUUAAGGAAAAUAAUGCAUUCCUUAAUGCUGUUACGGAUAUGGACAAGCAAAUAUUUUUGAAUGAGAAAUUCUUGUCUUCGAUUGCCGAAGAAAAUUUGGUAUUUGUUGCACAGCUCACUUGCUAUUUGCUAGAAAAUUAUGAAGGAAAAAUACGAAAUAAACAAGAUGAUGUAAUAAGAGCCUUAAUAUUUUCUGCGCUCAGUCCAACUACAACGACAGUGCGCAAAAGAUGCUUAGAGAUUAUACAAACAAUUCAAUCAUCAAAAGUGAUAAUUAAUAUUUUGCAUAAUUUAGCAACAAAAACCAACCUUACUUUUAAUAGCGAAGAGAAAAAUUUUAAUGCACAUGCUUUAACCGACCUAAUCGUGACUCUUGUUCAAUGUGGGAAUAUGGAUCGUGACCAGAAAGUGGUAGCUGCCUUGUUGCCAUGUAGUAUAAAAGAGGUCAAUACGUUGUAUCCAAAUUUCUGGAUUAAGCUUGUGAAGAAAAUGGGUUUGGAGGUAAAGGAUGUCAUAUGCAAGCAAAAAGAAGAGUUAAAAAGGAUAUUAGUGAAUGGCUAUGUCUCUUCAGAGAUGUACGAAAAUGCCCUAGCCACGCUCCUCUCAAUAAACGCCGACCUAUUUAUCUCCGAUCUCGUAAAAAAAAUUGAAUCUAACCUUCAAAACAAUGCCUAUUUACAAGUAACAAAAGACGACUAUUUUACCUAUUUAACCCCCGAAGGCGAACUAUACGAUAAGUCGGUUAUACCGGGCGAUGACAAAAUUAACGCUGAAAUGAACUUAAAAAGAGAAAGUAAGGCAUAUAGUUAUAAGGAACAAUUGGAGGAGUUAGCUUUAAGGAGGGAAAUUGAGGAGAAGAAGAAAGGGAAAGAAGGAAAAGUUAAAUAUACCGCAAAACAAUUGGAGGCAAUAAAAAAUCAAACGAUAAAGGAGGAGGGAGUGAGACGAAGAUUAAAAGAGCUCGACGAAAUAAUCAUAAGCACUGUCUCGAUGAUCAACGCAGCAGCACUCGGUGAUCCCGUUCAACUUUCACUUCAGUAUAAAAAUUUACUUCCAUUAAUUUUACAAAACUUACAAUCACCACUGGCAGCGCCCUAUCUAACAAAACUUUUCUUUGAUCUAAGAAAAACUGUGUUUUCUCAGGAUUUGGCAGCGCUAGGUGAACAAAUCGCUAUACUUACUUUAAGACUGUAUAAACCCCAAUGUGAUCUUAAUCCAGACUGGGAGGAAGAAAGUAUUUAUAAAGCGAUGGGCCGAGUAAUACAUUUACUAAAUAAUUGUACGGUACCCAAAAAGUCACAGGAAAAUGUAAUUCCUCUCACGGUCGCGGCUUUUAGUUACGUUUUUCCUCUUUUAAAAAUGAGUUUAUCGUCAAGUUACGCGAAAACUCACGAUGAGUUUGUCCACGAGGGGCUCCAAGUUAUUUCAGCACAUGCCAAAUUAAGGGGAGACGAAACUGAAGAAAUCAAGGAGAAACUUCGGCAUCCUAAGUGGUUGCCUACGAAACAAAUGUUUUUGUUAUUGGUUGACAUUAUUUGCAGCAGUUCAGGUAGGGUACAGGCCCAAUCUGAAGCAUGCUUAUUGGAUGUUGCUCAUAGCGUGAGCGGGAAACCAGGCUGCGCAAAAGCAACUUUAGAUGAAGUCGAUGUUUUAUUAACGGCCCUACAAAGCCCAAUCGAUGUAGUGAGGGAUGCUGCCUUAAGAGCACUCCUGAUUAUGGUGGAGGCUUUAUCGACUUUCCAAAGUGACAAUGAGUAUACGUUAAAGUUAAACAAGCGUAUUUGGAUUGCCAAAUAUGAUGAUAAUCAGGAAAAUAGAGAUCUUGCUCACAAACUAUGGAUCGAAGCAAAAAUGAAGUUCCCGGUUCAAUAUAGCCAUUAUCUUAUGGAAGAUAUUGAGCAUCCGGUAGAAUGUGUUCAGAGAGCGGCGGCAAAAUCUCUGGCCGCCCUUUUGGAAACAGCUCCCGACCAGGUUGAGCCUACCAUUAAGAACCUCUUAAAAAUCUACUCCGAUCGGCUUAAAAUGAUUCCUGCCAAAUUAGACGAGUUUGGUCGUGAGAUAGAAAAGGCCGUGGAUACAUGGUAUCCCCGCAGAGGCGUGGCUUUGGGCAUCAGCGAACUAGCCAGUCAAAUAACCCCCGAGUUGGUCGGAGAUUUAAUGCAGUUUUUUGUAUUUACCUCGUUGAGUGACCGCAACGAAAAUGUGCGCAAAGAAAUGCUAAAUGCUGCCUUGAAGAUUGUCGAUUUACAUGGAAAGGAAACCGUUAGCACUUUAUGGCCGGUGUUUGAUAAUUUUAUGAGUAAAUCAUCAAAAUCAGCCCAUUAUGAUAUUGUCAAACAAGCGGUCGUCGUCCUUAUGGGUUGCUUGGCCAGGCAUUUAGAUAAAGAUGAUGAGAGAAUUAAACCGAUUUUUUCACGGCUAGUGCAGGCUUUGUCUACGCCUUCACAAACGGUACAAGAAGCCGUGGCUAAUUGUCUCCCUGCACUCGUACCCUCCGUAAAAGAGGAGACGCCCGGUUAUAUCAAUAAACUUCUCCAUCAAUUGUUAAAAGCGGACAAAUAUGGUGAGAGGAAAGGAGCAGCAUAUGGGUUGGCCGGAUUGGUGAAAGGUUUGGGUAUAUUGGCACUUAAGCAGCACGACAUUAUGACCAAAUUAACGGAUGCUGUCCAGGAUAAGAAGAAUUAUAAACAUAGAGAAGGUGCUUUGUUCGCAUUUGAGAUGCUCUUUCAAACUCUGGGAAAACUAUUCGAACCUUACAUCGUCCAUGUCUUACCUCACUUACUGCAAUGCUUCGGUGACACCAGCCAAUACGUUCGUGUGGCAGCCGAUGACACUGCUAAAGUAGUCAUGUCGAAACUGUCUGGCCACGGAGUCAAACUUGUUUUACCAUCAUUGUUGGAGGCUUUAGAAGAGGAUUCGUGGCGCACCAAAACAGGCUCUGUUGAACUUUUGGGAGCAAUGGCAUACUGCGCGCCUAAACAGUUAUCCUCAUGUCUUCCAAGCAUCGUACCGAAAUUAAUAGAAGUUUUAAGUGAUUCUCACAUGAAAGUGCAAGAGGCCGGAGCUACAGCAUUAAAAGUUAUUGGCUCCGUAAUAAGAAAUCCGGAAAUUCAAGCAAUAGUUCCAAUAUUGUUAAAAGCUUUACAAGAUCCAUCCAACAAAACUCAAGUUUGUCUUCAAACCUUACUGGAUACACAAUUUGUGCAUUUUAUCGACGCGCCAUCUUUGGCAUUAAUAAUGCCGGUAGUACAAAGAGCGUUUAUUGAUCGCUCGACGGAAACAAGAAAAAUGGCUGCGCAGAUUAUCGGCAAUAUGUAUUCGUUGACCGAUCAAAAGGAUCUUAUGCCUUAUUUGCCGACGAUUAUACCGGGAUUAAAAAUAUCGUUAUUGGAUCCUGUGCCAGAGGUCCGUUCUGUAAGUGCUCGUGCUCUGGGUGCAAUGGUACGCGGCAUGGGUGAAUCAAAUUUCGAAGAUUUGCUGCCAUGGCUGAUGCAAACUUUAACAUCUGAAACCAGCUCGGUGGAUAGAUCAGGGGCCGCUCAAGGCCUUUCUGAAGUUGUCGGAGGAUUAGGCGUAGAAAAACUCCACAAACUUAUGCCUGAAAUAAUCAGCACGGCAGAGCGCGCUGACAUCGCACCCCACGUUAAAGACGGCUAUAUAAUGAUGUUUAUUUAUAUGCCUUCGGUAUUUACCAAUGAAUUUACCCCAUAUAUCGGACAAAUUAUCAUUCCAAUACUGAAAGCUUUAGCCGACGAAAACGAAUACGUCAGAGACACAGCGUUAAAGGCUGGUCAACGAAUUGUUAAUUUGUACGCCGAUUCGGCCAUUUUGUUAUUGUUGCCUGAAUUAGAGAAGGGACUUUUUGACGAUAAUUGGCGGAUAAGAUAUAGUUCAGUACAGCUCUUAGGAGAUCUACUAUACAGGGUGUCUGGUGUUACAGGAAAAAUGAGUACAGAGACAGCUAGCGAGGAUGAUAAUUUCGGGACAGAGCAGAGUCAUUUGGCGAUUAUUAAUGCAUUGGGUUCUGAAACGAGGAACCGCGUUUUGGCCGGUCUUUAUAUGGGCCGGAGCGAUGUUGCAUUGAUGGUUCGCCAGGCUGCAUUGCAUGUGUGGAAAGUGGUUGUUACCAAUACACCUCGUACCCUUCGCGAAAUACUACCAACCUUAUUUGGGCUAUUGUUGGGCUGUUUAGCUAGCGAAAGUUAUGAUAAAAGACAGGUUGCGGCACGCACUCUAGGUGAUCUGGUGCGAAAACUCGGUGAACGCGUUUUACCAGAGAUUAUUCCGAUUUUGGAGGAGGGUCUACAGUCAGAGAGAGCGGAUCAAAGACAAGGUGUCUGUAUUGGUCUCUCCGAAAUAAUGGCCUCUACGUCUAAAGAGAUGGUGUUUACGUUUGUGAAUUCGCUGGUGCCUACUGUAAGAAAAGCUCUUUCUGAUCCGUUGCCGGAAGUCCGAAGAGCCGCGGCCAAGACUUUCGAUAGUCUACAUUCAACAGUGGGAACAAAAGCCUUGGACGAUAUUUUACCUAAUCUGUUGGCGCAAUUGAACGAUGACGAUCCGAAAGUAGUUGAAUGCACUUUAGACGGACUCAGACAAGUGAUGGCCAUAAAAUCCAGAGUUGUACUUCCAUAUUUAGUGCCACAAUUGACCGCACCUCCGGCCAACACGAAAGCGCUCUCAAUUCUUGCAUCCGUUGCGGGCGAAGCGCUAAAUAAAUAUUUGCCAAGGAUUUUACCAGCAUUGCAAACUGCGCUGGCAACGUCAAGAGGCACUCCAGAGGAAGCUCAGCAAUUAGAAUACUGUCAAGCAGUAAUUCUUUCUGUCGUCGAUGAUGUCGGCGUGCGCACCAUAGUGGACACAAUGUUAGAAAACACUCGGAAUGAAAACCCAGAUCAGAGACGUGCGGCGGCAACUUUAUUAUGCGUCUUUUGCGCUAACUCAAAAGCCCAGUAUAAUGCUCAUGUACCCCAGUUAUUACGCGGAUUGAUUUACCUAAUGACAGAUAGCGAUAGGGAUGUAUUGCAGAUGGCAUGGGAAGCAUUAAAUGCUGUUACAAAGGUGAAUCUAGAACCGAAACAACAAGCGACAUAUGUAUCGGAUGUACGGCAGGCCGUACGUUACGCCAUGUCUGACAUAAAAGGAAACACCCCCGCAACGUUGCCAGGGUUCUGCUUACCAAAGGGAUUACCUAUUUUGCCAAUAUUCCGAGAGGCCAUUAAUGGUGAUGGGGAUGAAAAAGAGGCAGCGGCGCAAGGUCUAGGCGAAGUGAUAAAAGUUACAUCACCUGCUGCCCUUCAGCCGAGUGUCGUUGCUAUUACGGGACCUCUUAUUCGAAUUUUGGGUGACCGAUUUAGCCCCAACGUAAAAACUGCCGUGUUGGAGACUUUGGCCGUACUUUUAUCAAAAGUUGGUGCUAUGCUAAAACAAUUCUUACCUCAACUCCAAACCAGUUUUAUAAAAUCUCUGAACGACCCGAACCGGACAGUCCGUUUAAAAACAGCUUCAGCCUUAAGCUACUUAAUCAUCAUUCAUCAGAGACCUGAUCCGUUAUUUUCAGAAGUACACAAUAUGAUAAAGAAUAACGAAGACGUAGCAGUAAAAGAGACAACGCUAUGUGCCUUACGAGGCGCAAUCACACCUGCAGGCGAUAAAAUAUCCGAACCGUUAAAACGACAAAUUCACGCCACUCUCUUAACAUAUUUGGGCCAAACGGAAGAUACGGUGCGGAAAUGCGCAGCCGGAUGCUUAGGCGCAAUAUGUAAAUAUCUAAGUGAUGAGAUGCUUCAUGCUACACUAACGGAGCAUAUAUUAAACGAUGACAACAACACAAAUAUCACUCUCCGUGAAGGCCGAGGUUCAGCACUGACCGUAGCUUUAAAAGAGACUCCAGAAAAACUAUGGGCGGAACGUUAUAGGAAUCAAUUGACUACAGUACUGCUAAAUCAGCUGCAGAGUCAACAGGUAGCAAUUGUUGAAAGUGCGAUUCGUUCGUGUGGCUAUUUGUUUGGAUUUUUAUUGGAGACUGAGAAUAUGGAGCCGUUGCCAAAUGCAGUCUUGGUAGCUUUUGUUAGGACAAUGAACAACAAUAGCAAUGACGUCAAACAACUAUUAGCGAAGGUUUUGUUCCAUUUGGCAAAAACUCUGCCAAGCGAGAAACUUACGAAUGAAUUUUUAAAAAUGGUACUUCCCACAUUAGUUAAUGGGACUAAGGAGAAGAACGUUUACGUGAAGGCUAAUGCAGAAAUCGCCCUUAUAGCAAUGUUAAAGCUCAAGGAAGGAGAGUCAGUAUUUCAGAAAUGUUGCAUGGCGUUGGAAACGGGAGCGCGCGAGUCACUCACUGACGUGGUCAAUAAAGUACUAAAGAAUAAGAUGCUUCACCAGCCGGAAGGAAAAGACGAAGAUAUUGAUGAUACAUUGUUGACUUGAUCGAAACGUGUAUGUGUGAUUUCUAGUGUAACCGUAUUGGUAAAAACAAGAAUUCUUUGUUUAAUUUUGUGGCUAAUAAUUAAUAUACAUUUUCCAUUCUU